AAACGCACCUUUUACAAUUCAUUUCCGGUAAACCGCUUCCGCUCACUUCUUGUGCUCUGUCGUGAGACGAAAGAAGAAGAAAGCAUGGUUACGAGGGUUGUUGCAUCAUGCCUUCGGAGAAUCUUUCAGCAGAAUAUUCCUGGUGCUAAUAAUGCCUGUCCUCGUUGCAAGCAACAUCUACAAAGGUUACAAAUCAGCUCUACUACUUGUGUAAAUGGAGUGUGGGAACCAGAGGGUCUGAAUAAAAGACCACUGAUCCCAGAGUAUGAUAACAUCAGCAUGAAGAUGUACUCCUAUGACUGUGCUGUGUUAGAAUCGUUUGCCAAAUAUGCGAAACGACUGGCAGCAUCUUUAGACAUGGAUGUAUUCAUGUAUCCUGUGCCACAGCAGACCCAUGUUAUAAAGACAUAUAAACCCUACUCAACUAUUGUAGAUAAUCAGUACACACUGGCCAAAUAUGAACGAGUUAUACGAAUACACAACCUUCCAUCUACCUUAUUACCAGUAUUUAUAGAGUUAAUGCGAAAGAAUAUACCAUCAGGUGUAGAUAUUGAAUUUAAACAGCAAACAGAAGAAGAUGAAACAGUGCGAUAUAUGGCUGAUCAAGAGAGAAAACAGCUGCUGGCAGAAUUGGACGAUUUAACAUUGAAGAAAACAUGAUUCAUCUUAGUUGAUUGACAUUUGCAUUGUGAAUUGGCAGGAUGUACAUGUGAUAUUUUUUGGUACAUCAUGGUAAAAACACACUAUGUAGCGACAAGAUACCUCCAUCAAAUGCAUCAAUAUGUUGUAUCAGUAGACAACUAGGGUGAAAAUAUUUGAUACAACAGUUUCCUUAAGUUAACAUGUGUCCAUCUUUCCAUUUUUCUGUGUCCAGGCCAAAAUUUAAACCUACCAAUAAAAUUUCAAAUAUGCGAUAAACUUGUGUGAUUGUACCUUAUUUUUAUUAUUUAUAUGAAGAAUACACAGAUGUGUUCCCUAAGGAGGAUUUUAUAUUUCAUCAACCAGGAUUCCACAUUUAACAAAGACUGAAAGAGGAUUUCUAUCAAACUGGCAUCUUCUUUUUGACAUUGAUAUACCUACCAGUAGCUGUUGCUGGGAUUAAACCUCUGGUAACCAAACAAAAUCAAAUCAACCAAGAAAACUC